AUGGAUCUCGCAAGCGAGAGUGUGUUGUUUAUGGACAAAGACAAGCAAAAUGGUGCUGCCGACCAUCAUGGGCGCAACGGUACCGCACCGGGUGGUGAAGGUAGCGGUCCCGGUUCCCCGAACAGCGGUGAAGGUUCCAGCAAGGGUACCGAUGGGAUGGAAUUGAUGAAGAAACCGAUCGGCUUGCUCGACGAUAAGCUGAAGAAGCGCGUGCGUAAGAUGUCGCGCUCGAACAGCAAGGACGGUGUGCUGGGAGUGGCCGGUACGCCGAACUUUGUGUCACCGCACCGGAAGUGGAAGAACAGUCGCCGGUCCCGAAACGGUUACGGGCGGGGCCUGCCGAAGAAGGGUGGCGCCGGCCGGAAGGGUGUGUGGGGUAAGCCGGGAUCGGAGGUGUAUGAUGAGCUGGACGAGGAUCCGAACGAUCCGAACUUUGACAUCGACGCGUACAACAGCACGCACAACGUGGAGCUGAAGGAAAUUGUGCCGCAGCUGACCGAGGCGGAGGUCGUGAAGAAGCUGGAAGCGAUCAUACUCGAGUACUUCGAGCACGGUGACACACACGAGGUGGCGGACGCGCUGGACGAUCUGCUGCAGCCGGGCAUGAAGCCGCUGGUGACAAAAACCGUUGUUGCCGUCGCAUUCGAACACAAGCAGUCGCAGCGCGAGCUAACGUCGGUGCUGAUUUCCGAUCUGUAUGGGCGCAUCGUGACACGUGAUGACAUCUGUGCCGGGUUCGAUUUGUUGCUGCUAAACAUGGCCGAUAUUAUGUUGGACACACCGGAUGCGCCCCAUCUGCUGGGCAACUUUAUUGCGCGUGCGGUCGCCGACGAUUGCAUUCCGCCGAAAUACGCUUACCAGUCGGAUCGGGAGGAUCUGGAUCAAAAUGCACAGUCGGCGCUGGUGCGCGCAACCACACUGCUUUCGAUGCACGACGGUUGGGGCCAGCUCGACAACGUCUGGGGUGUCGGUGGUGCCCUACGUCCGGUGCAGACCAUCACCCAGCAGAUGUCGUAUCUGCUGCAGGAGUACUUGUGUUCACGCGAUCUCAGCGAAGCCCAGCGCUCCAUCAAGGAGCUGGAGGUGCCGCAUUUCCACCAUGAACUGAUUUACGAGGCAAUCAUAAUGACACUGGAAGCGUUCAACGAGUCCACCGAGGUGGCCAUUUGCGAUCUGUUCCGUACACUCGACAGUACCUGCAUUGUGACGCCGGAGCAGAUGGAGCAAGGGUUCCGGCGCGUCUACGAGGACAUGACUGACAUCGUUCUCGACAUCCCGCUCGCUUACUCGAUCCUGGAUCGCUUCAUGCAGCACUGCCAGCGGGCUGGUUCGUUCCUCAGCGAAGCACUCAUCAAAGAUAUUCCCACCCGGGGACGCAAACGUUUCGUGUCCGAGGGUGAUGGUGGCAUGAUCAAACAGAUCAAUUUCCACCGUGAUUUGUAA